AUGGAGGCUGCUGCUCUCUCGCGUAUCGGCCUCGCCGGACUUGCUGUCAUGGGCCAAAACCUAGCGCUCAACGUCGCAGAGAAAGGGUUUCCGAUCUCCGUUUACAACCGGACUACCUCGAAAGUCGACGAGACUCUAGAUCGAGCUCAUAAUGAAGGCCAGCUUCCGUUAACUGGCCACUACACUCCUCGCGACUUCGUUCUCUCGAUCCAGAAGCCUCGAUCUGUCAUCAUCCUUGUUAAGGCAGGCGCGCCGGUUGACCAGACGAUUGAGGCGUUGGCGGCUCAUAUGGAACCAGGAGACACGAUCAUCGACGGCGGUAACGAGUGGUACGAGAACACCGAGCGACGAAUCGUCGAAGCGGAAAAUAGAGGAUUGCUUUAUCUCGGAAUGGGAGUCUCCGGCGGCGAAGAAGGGGCGCGAAAUGGGCCGUCAUUGAUGCCAGGUGGGUCUUACGAAGCUUAUAAUAACAUUAAAGAUAUCGUUGAAAAAGUUGCUGCUCAGGUUGAAGAUGGACCUUGUGUUACAUACAUUGGAGAAGGCGGGUCUGGUAACUUCGUUAAAAUGGUUCAUAAUGGAAUCGAAUAUGGUGAUAUGCAGUUGAUUUCUGAAGCUUAUGAUGUUUUGAAAAACGUUGGUGGGUUAAGCAACACCGAAUUAGCUGAAAUCUUUGACGAAUGGAACAGAGGCGAAUUAGAAAGCUUCUUGAUUGAAAUCACAGCUGAUAUCUUCAAGGUGAAAGAUGAACAUGGUGAAGGUGAGUUAGUGGACAAAAUUCUAGACAAAACAGGGAUGAAAGGAACCGGUAAAUGGACAGUCCAGCAGGCAGCUGAACUCUCCGUUGCCGCCCCCACCAUCGCCGCCAGUCUGGACUGCCGGUAUCUGAGCGGGUUGAAGGACGAACGGGAGGAUGCAGCCAGGAUACUGGCGGCAGCAGGGCUGAAGGAGGAGGUGGGAACAGUGAGAAGUGGGAUUGACAAGAAGAGAUUGAUAGACGAUGUGAGGCAAGCUUUAUACGCUUCUAAGAUCUGUAGUUAUGCUCAAGGAAUGAAUCUUUUAAGGGCAAAAAGCAGUGAAAAAAACUGGAACUUGAAUUUUGGAGAAUUAGCUAGAAUAUGGAAAGGAGGGUGUAUUAUCAGAGCUGUGUUCUUGGACAGAAUCAAGAAAGCAUACCAGCGGAACCCUAAUCUUGCAAGCUUGCUGGUGGACCCUGAUUUUGCAAAGGAGAUGGUGCAGAGGCAGGCGGCAUGGCGGCGGGUGGUGGGGCUGGCAAUAUCCGCCGGAAUCAGUACACCUGGCAUGUGUGCCAGCUUGACAUAUUUUGACACGUAUAGGCGUGCUAGGCUUCCUGCAAAUCUUGUUCAAGCUCAAAGGGACUUGUUUGGAGCUCAUACUUAUGAAAGGAUUGAUCGUGAAGGAGCUUUUCACACUGAAUGGACAAAGCUUGCGAGGAAGAAGGCUUGA